AUGAGCGCAUCCCAAGAUACAAAAUAUGAUAUUUUGACCGCUAUAACAGAAUUCUUCAACCUCUCCUCCAAGCAUCAUCAACUCCCUCAGUAUGCGCACGAUUAUCUCAUCCAGGAUUCUUACGUCAUUCAAUCGUCGCCCAAUACCUUGGAAAAGACAACUCUUGGAGAUUUAUUCUCAGGCCAAAAGUCACCAAAACAACAAAUCGACUGGGCGAUAGAUGAACCGCAAGAGAUAUUCGUGCACGAGAAACUCGCUGCUGUGUGGACAGGCUGGUCUAUCCGCGCGGAUGAUGGUUCUAUAAUAAGCCACAAGAAGGGUCUCGUUGGUCUGGCAUUUACUAAAGGGCGAUGGAAGGUCUCGGGUCUUGCGUCUACGGAACGAUCUAUCGAUAUACCCAACCCAAAGGAUGAGACCCAUCUCGAGCAGGACAUCAUGAAGCCCAUCAACGCACUGCUCAACGACUUUUCUCAUCCAAAUUGGGAUACGCUAAAGGAAUGGUUUCUCCCAGAUGCAGGCGUGACUCUGUACCGUCCACCGUCUGAGCCAGCGCCUAUGACAUUGGAGCAGUCCAUACGACGUCUGCAAAACAUGAUCAAGAGCGGCAUCACUAUGCAAGAAAAGCUUCACCAUGCUCAGGUGCGGAAGCAUGGAGAUUUGGCUUUGGUAUGGGCGCCUUUUGUGGUGGAGAUUAAUGGACAGGCCAUGCACCACGGCGUGAAUGCCUUUACACUCUUUAAGAAGAGUGAUAGGUGGUGUUUUGGAGGAUGCCAGGACUAUGGGGUUCCUAUAAGCGGAUGA